GGGUCAAACAAGUAAACCUACAGACAUAUCCACGGCUAGUACCGGCAAUCAGCUGCGAGUCGUUUUUAACCACAGGCAUCUAGCUCUGAGCAGGGCUGAGUUUGAACUGACAUUUACCACGAGGGAAAUAGAGAUGGAGCCAGUGUUCGAGGAAAGGACCUUCGUCCCGCAAACAUUAGAAUUCGACGAGUAUACAGCUGCGAGAUUCGUCCAAUUCAAGGUUGCUGGGUGGCUUAUACUGGACCAAGAGAUAAUUUAUCCGUAUGGCUAUGAGACGGACAAGAAAACUCCGUCUGGGGGCUGUAUGCUGGAGUUAUACCUACCUAUCGAAACCGGGCGCUUUGAUUUCGAAGUGACUGCGAACAGCGACUUUAUUUGUGCGCCAACACAUAGUGGCUAUCUUACAACUACUCAAGCAUUUCCGAAAUACGAAAGCAACUGGCCACCCGAUGACUGGCCGUGGAUCCCCUUCUGGAGUUACGAGCCAUGGGAACCAAUAUUUACAGUUUUAAAAAUCACCUAUUACAAUGUACAGGUGGGGGAGAACAACUCUUACCUGAAUCAGAUUACAUGUGUGGUCCAAGGGGAAACUUAUCAUAUUGAAGUGAUCGUCACAGCCUGCCCCAUCGGGCGUUUCGGCCGGGUCUGCAUGGAGCGCUGUCAGUGUUACAACGGGGCUUCGUGUCACAGCUUCAACGGCGCGUGCAAGUGCGCUCCUGGCUGGAAAGGAAGGCACUGCACCAUAGAAAAUCCAGAAGUUCGCAUCAGUCCUUCAAGCAGUGAACUGACAGACUUGCGGUACGGGCAGGAACUGCAGUUGACAUGCACUGGCUACAAAUUUCCUAUCGCCAGCAUCACCUGGUUCUUCGAGGAUGUCGUUUCUGACCUUGGAAGGCAGUCAAACGUAACAAAGGAUUGGAAGUAAUGCUUCUUUAAAUGAAUAUUAAACUUCAGAAGAGUGUGUAAGUUUCCGAUAGUUAAUUUUAAGAAGUAAAAAAUAUUAUACUAGUACUGCAUUUUGUAUUUCACAUA